CACAGCGACGGUUGUGAUAGAGGGUUUUUUUAAAUAAAAACACCAUUUUAGUGUGUUUGUAUUGACUUGUGUUUUCACUAUGUAUUCACACUUUAUCGUUGUAGCAUUCACAUUCCACAGUCAUCUAAGGGAUUCUGAUUUGUACAAACGGAUCAAGCUUUCUGACAUUGUGAAAUGACCAAAUUGGUCAUACAACGCUUUUAAGUGAGUGAGUAAUGACUACAGGUGACAUGCACAUGUAGCUAUAAAACCAGGGCACCCUCUUCUGUCAAGCUCACACUAUAAUACACUGAACUAAUUACACUAGAAUCGCGAUGAUGCAGCGCUUUACCCAAAACACUCGAACCAUUCUUAGACAAAUGUCUACACAGAAUGCGAACAAGACCUUCACGGAGUCCGCCAAGGAAACUUUGAGCAAAGCGGCCGCUGGAGCCAAAGAUAUGGCUGAAGCAGGAUUUGAGAGAGCCGAGGACGCCGUAUACGGUGAUCACAAGGAAGGCGCCAAGGGAUCCAACAACCUUGAGGAUGCCAAAACGGCCGUUAAAAAUGCGGGAGAGGAAAUUAGCAACACGAUAGGAAAGGUUAAGAAUGAAGUGAAAGGUGAGUACAACAAAGCUAAUAAGAAUGCAGAGAACUACACAGCUGAGGAUGCAAAAACCGACGCCAAGAAUGUUGGCGAAGAUGUCAAAGCCGGUAUGUCGAAGGCGGCAAAUAAAGCUAAGGGAGCAGCCGAGAAGGCUACGCAGUGAGUGAUCUCAGUCGGAGAGGACAACAUUUCACAAGGAUCGGUCUCAGAAAGUUCGCCGGAGUCAGGAAUAAUAUUUCACGUUUUUUGAAAUAAAUUAUCGAGUAUCUUUAUACUCGGGUAUUGAAAUUGAUUGUAGUCUACUGUAAUUUAAAGCGAUAAUCAGUAUCUACUAGCAACCGAAUCGAGGAGGCUUGAUCUUUACGGUCGUUGUAAUAGAUAGGGGGAGAGAGUUCUUAUACGUGACAGUUGAUGAGUCGUAAAGUUUUCUUUGGGUUAACCGUCAGUAAUUCAUCCUCUACAUAAAAAUAGAUAUAUCUUGACGUAAAUGUUGCAUAACACUUGCUCACAAGGUUUGUAUCGUCAUUAUAAACCGAAUUAAAACGGCUGAAUAUGUAGACAUAUUGCUAAUAGUAUUUGCAUGCAAAGUAGUAAAUAAUCAUGCAGCAGCCCCUGACCCAAGAUCGAUUUUGUCAUCGCUUUUGCGUAUCCGAUAGACUGGUCGGAAGUCUAUGGUCCUGAUACCUUAAACAUGUUGUUAGUUUGUGCAGUAUUCGAACCUACAAUAAUGUAGCUAUAGCAUCCCUAAAUGCAUGAAUGUGAAAAUACAAAUUAUGAUGGUUUAGAAGGAGGGAUACUAUCAUAGUUUCAAAAAAUGCGCUUAUGUGCUUAGAAACUAAAUCAUGGUGUGCAGAAGUUUCUAUUAAUCGAUUGCAUAGGUAUACAUUGUCAUUUGACGGAAUAGAAUACAUUUACAUUGCUAUUCUGAAUGUAAAUACCGACAACUCCGGUUUAAAGUGAAUACUAGACUUGCCUUGCAAAUUUGGGUCAAUACUGGCAGCGGUGUUGCUUUAUCUUACUAUUUUUUCUCAUUGUCGAAAAUGCCUCGAUAUCUACCACUAAAUGGAAAGUUUCGCUUUUUUUUUAGAGAAUAAUAAGGGCCACGCUCACAACAUACGCUGGUGGCGAUUCUUUCCUCACUGUCGAAACUCGGAAAUGUUUCGAUAACUACCACUAAAUAAUAUGAACACUCAUCGAUGAAUGUUGAAUAUCAAUGCAAACGGUCCUGAAAACAUGUUUGACAGCUUUUUGGUUAGCUAUUAGGACAUGCUCGGUUUCAUUUUUACAGCAGAUGUUCGAUCAUGCAAAGACCGUAGUCAGCAAACAUACUGAGGUAUUUCUUAUCUCCGUACUUACCUUUGUAUUCUUCCCAUUAUUACAAGGCCAACACACUAAUCGGACAAUUCACACUCAAGUCGCAAACUGUAUAAAUAACUAUGGAUACUCUACAUUACUUGGGAAAAUAAAAUGAGCUACACUC